UUUUUACAAUUUAUCAACAUCACAAUUCAUUGUAUUAGUAUUAUUAUUGUCUCAUGUUUGACUCCACUUUGUGUUCUAACUAAAGAAAACCAAUCGAAGAUGGUCAAUUCUGUCUUUGUAGAAACAUGAUUAAGCAAAAAGAAAACAUGAAUCAUUUGUUAUUUGAGAUCUUAUUAUAGAGUUUGGUUUAAGUUUGUGAGAUGGACUUAGUGUCUGGAAAAGUAGUUCCAGGUUGCUCCAACGCAGGCAAUCCUUUCCAUGAGUGUACUGCUAUCUGUUUUGAGAGAUUAAACUCUCCAGAUGUCCACAAGAAGGAGAAGAAACUCUUUGGGUUUGGUAAGAGAACUCCAAGCAGGGAUCAGACUCCUCCGGGCAGUCCGGCUCGUGGAAGCAGAUCACCUCUGGCCAGCUAUUUCGCCAAGAAGAAGGUUGAGUCAUCAGAGAGUUCACCAUCCUCCAAUGAUCACACCAAUGGUAACUUCUUAAGUCGCCUUUCCCCGCUACAAGGACGCAAGAUCGAGCCUUCAAGCAAUGUCGAUUCGCUACCAGUCUCACCUUCUCUUGCUCUAUAUUCAGGGGGAGACUACUUUGCAAGGAGGACUGAUCAGCGUGGAGAUGAGGAUGAUGAUGUAUCACCAAGGCCUUUUGGAACUCAGCCUAAGACCCCUGAACACCCUCUUAGAACGCCUCAGCAUAGGCCACGCACACCGCAACAUCGCUCUGCGCACCAAGAGGACCCUGUUUUACUAGAAACUAGGCAGAGGACUCCUGAACGUCGAUCCAAUACCUCUGAUACUAGGCCAAGGACACCCAUACAUGAGUAUGCGGCAACAGGAAGAAGACCUCAAACACCAGAAACUAGACCGAGGACUCCUGAUCACCGAUAUGCCACCUCUGAUACUAGGCCGAGGACACCCAUACAUGAGUCUGCUGCAAGAGGAAGGAGGCCCCAAACACCAGAAACAAGGCCGAAGACUCCUGAACACCGAUAUGCCACCUCUGACACUAGACCGAGGACACCCAUACAUGAGUCUGCUGCAACAGGAAGGAGGCCUCAAACACCAGAAACUAGGCCGAGGACUGCACAACAUAGAGGGAGGUCACCUGAGUUCACGGAAAGAUCCCCCGGGCCAAGGUCCAAGACCCCUGAGCCUCAACCUACCUACUUUGAACCAUCCUCAAGGACUCCAAAAAUGCGGUCCAAGACGCCAGAACCCAGCCCUAGGAUUCCCCAAACUCAGCCCAUAUCCCACAGAUCUCUUGACAACGCCGCUCUUCAAAUGCCUCGGACAGUUGAAACUAGGCCUAGGACGCCAGAACACCAGCCCAGGACUGUGCAAACGAAGCCAAGAAUACAUGAAAGUAGGCCAAAGACUGCAGUCUAUGGAGGAAGGUCACCUGAUCACAGGGAAAAAAUUUCACAAACUCAACAAACUUCCUUUGAGAUGGGUCAAAGAUCAUCUCAUGCCUACAAUCAUCUUGAGAGCAAAGCUGAGUCAGUGUACAUUGAGAAGGACGAUGAAUCAGUUCUACUCUUUCCAGAACUGAUUUUGUCACCUCAAGAAAGGCCGCCCUCUAGACUUAUUACGCUUAAUCACCGAGGGUAUGAAACACCUAACAAACAGGAAGAACAUUGUGAUGAAAUGGAUGAUUCUGCAAGCACAGACGACGAUAAAUUUUCAUUUGUGGAUGAUCAUGACGAACACACUGUUUCGUUUUACCCUGAAACCACAUCGAAAUCUGGAAGCAGCGAACAAGAGGAACAAGUUAAAGCAGACAACGAGCCACCGGAGCUGCCAGAUGAAUCACAGAGCUUCAGUCUUGCAGAGAUCUCUCGUAUGAAAGGAAUAAUUACCAAGAAUGAAACAAGGGACGAGAUGCAGUCCAUUCUAUCUGAAUCUUACGUUAGUGUGGGAGACUACAAGGUGAGAGCUAGCGUCUCGGCCACUCUACAACACAUACUCCAGAAGCACGGUGACAUCGCGUCCGGUUCCAAACUACAAUCACUUGCCACACGAUCCUACUACCUCGACAUGCUUGCCUCGGUGGUAUUCGAACUCCAGAAAACUCCCCUGAAGUAUCUCAAGGAGAGCCGCGUGGUGGAAAUGGUAGCAAUUGUUAGAGACGUUGAGUCUGUGAAAAUCAAAGCAGGUUGGCUCAAGCCUGUCCUAGAGGAGAUCGUAGAGGCGGUAAAACACUACGAUGAACACAAGAUGAGCAUAAUGGAGAAAGAGGUGUGGGAGAGAGAUGUGUUACUUGCGAGACAAGAAACGGAGAAACAGGUGAAAGAACUGGGAGAGAAAGAGAAGAAGAUCAAGGAGUGGAGAGCUAAAAUGACGGAGAUGGCUGCGAAGUUAGGGGAUCUUGAUAUGAGAAGAGCUCGUCUACAUAAAAGCUUCACAUUUCUGAGCUCCAAGGUCGACAAGUUUCAGGGGAAACCCCUUCUUCAAGGCAUCGUGUGACCAACCAAAUUAGUCCGAAUAUUCUUUUGUUCAUCUUGUUACCCGCAAAAUAAGCGUUUGUGAACGGUUUGUUUUGGAAAACUUUGAUAUAUUAUCAAAAUUUGUUAUUAGAAGAAA